CACGCCGACGACUCCAACCGCCAAGGGGAGGAGUCGCAGGGUUUUUGCGUCAUAGGAUGAAGCAGAAGACCCUGCGCCUCCUCGCUUUGGCGGUUGAAGCAUGGAGUCGUCGGCGUGCCAAUGGCGGCGGUUGCCUGGCGGCCCGAGCCUGAGGCCCCUGACGGCGCCGGAGUACGGCGUCCCCCGGGAGCAGCAGCUGCAGGCCCUGCAGGACCUGACCCGGGCCCACCUCCAGUCCUUCGACUUCGCCGUCGGGAACGGGCUCCUCAGGGCAGUGCAGGCCAUUCCACCUUUGGAGCUUGCUUUUAAGAACGACCGGCUCACUUUGGCCAUUACAGGAGCCGUCAUCAGCCCUCCUAUGGUUCCCAAAGGGACUAUAUGCAAAGAGAUGAAAAUUUACCCAGCCGAAUGCAGGGGACGCAGAAGCACCUAUCGUGGAAAAUUAGUGGCUGAUAUCAGCUGGAGCGUGAAUGGCAUUUCUAAAGGGGUUAUUAAACAAUCCCUUGGCCAUGUUCCAAUCAUGGUGAAGUCCCAACUCUGCAAUCUCCAUGGUCUUUCUCCUAAAGCACUCAUUGAACACCACGAGGAGGAAGAGGAAAUGGGAGGCUAUUUCAUAAUUAAUGGUAUAGAAAAAGUGAUCAGAAUGAUCAUUAUGCCAAGACGCAACUUUCCUAUUGCAAUGAUAAAGCCAAAAUGGAAAUCUAGAGGUUCUGGUUACACACAAUAUGGCAUCUCAAUGCGUUGUGUUAGAGAAGAACACACAGCAAUUAACAUGACCCUCCAUUACCUUGAAAGUGGCACCGUGAUGGUGAACUUCAUCUAUCAGAAGGAGUUGUUCUUUCUUCCAUUAGGAUUUGUAUUAAAGGGAUUGGUUGGUUUCUCAGAUUUCCAAAUUUUUCAGGAGUUGAUCAAAGGGAAAGAGGAUGAUACAUUCUACAAGAACUGUGUGUCUCAGAUACUGAGGGUGUUAUCAGAAGAGGGCUGCAUGACACAAAAGCAGGUCCUGAUCUACCUGGGGCAGCGCUUCAGAGUGAAACUGAACCUUCCUGAGUGGUGCCCCAGUGAGCAAGUUGGAGAGUUCCUUUUCGAACAAUGUAUCUGCAUACAUCUGAAAUCCAAAGUUGAGAAGUUCUACUUGCUUUGUCUCAUGACCCGGAAGCUAUUCACUUUAGCCAAAGAAGGUUGCAUGGAAGAGAAUCCGGACAGCUUAAUGAAUCAAGAGGUGCUCACAUCAGGACAACUUUACCUCAUGUUUUUAAAGGAAAAAAUUGAAGUCUGGCUACAGUCUAUUAAAAUAGCCUUAGAGAAGAAAGCUCAGAAGUCAAAUUUACCUUUUAAUUCAGAAAGCAUGUCGAAGAUUCUAGGCAGGGGAACAGAUCUUACAAGGAUGCUAGAAUAUCUCCUUGCUACAGGGAACCUUCGCUCUAAAAGCGGUCUGGGCAUGCUGCAGAAUUCUGGUCUGUCCAUUAUCGCAGACAAGCUGAACUUCAUUCGCUAUCUCUCCCACUUCCGCUGUGUGCACAGAGGUUCUGCUUUCCUCAAGAUGAGAACCACAACUGUGCGUAAACUAUUGCCAGAGUCCUGGGGUUUUCUUUGUCCUGUCCACACCCCUGAUGGUGAGCCCUGCGGUUUGAUGAAUCACAUGACAGCCCCGUGUGAAAUAGUAACACACUGUUCAUACACAACCUCCCUGCCAUCUUUGCUUUGCUCUUUAGGAGUCACUCCAGCCGAUGGUAUUUCCAGCCAGCCCUACUCUCAGUGUUACCCAGUUGUUUUAGAUGGAUCUCUGGUAGGUUGGAUAGAGGAAGAUCUGGCUCCUGGCCUUGUGGAGACACUCCGGCACUGUAAGGCAAUGCAGGAGAAGAAAAUUCCAGUUUGGACAGAGGUGGUCCUUAUCCCAAUGACAGGUAAACCCAGCCUGUACCCAGGGCUCUUCAUUUUCACUACCCCUAGUAGGAUGAUGCGCCCUGUACGAAACCUAGCCCUGGGGAAAGAGGAAUGGAUUGGCACAAUGGAGCAGGUUUUCAUGAACAUUGCUGUAUUGGAGAAUGAAAUUGAACUUGGACUGACCACUCACCAGGAACUCUUUCCCCACAGCAUGUUAAGUGUGGUAGCAAAUUUCAUUCCAUUCUCUGAUCACAAUCAGAGUCCAAGAAAUAUGUACCAGUGUCAAAUGGGCAAGCAAACAAUGGGUUUUCCUCUUCUGACAUUCCCCUAUAGGUCAGAUGAUAAACUCUACCGGCUUCAAACCCCUCAAAGCCCGUUAGUUCGGCCAGCCAUGUAUGAUCAUUAUGACAUGGACUCUUACCCAACUGGUACAAAUGCAAUUGUUGCUGUGAUCACCUAUAGUGGCUAUGACAUGGAAGAUGCAAUGAUUCUGAACAAGUCUUCGUGGGAAAGAGGGUUUGGCCAUGGAAGUAUCUAUAAGACUGAUCGCAUUGACCUAGCAGAAAAAAUCAAGCAAGGAGAAGACAAUCUGGUGUUUGGGAUUGGUCCUGACAGAGCAGUAACUUUACAGAAUCUCGAUGCUGAUGGCCUGCCCCCCAUAGGAACCAAACUUCAAUACGGGGACCCUUACUAUAGCUAUUUGAAUCUCAACACAGGGGAAAGCUUUGUGACAUAUCACAAAAAUAUGGAAGUCUGUGUUGUGGAUAACAUUAAAGUUUGUAGUAAUGACAUUGGAACUGGACGAUUCAAGUGUGUGUGCAUCACUCUGCGAGUCCCCCGAAAUCCUACAAUAGGGGACAAGUUUGCUAGCCGGCAUGGACAGAAGGGCAUCCUGAGCCGGCUGUGGCCAGCUGAGGACAUGCCGUUUACAGAAAGUGGAAUGGUGCCAGACAUCCUCUUCAACCCUCAUGGCUUCCCAUCCCGAAUGACCAUUGGCAUGUUAAUUGAGAGUAUGGCAGGGAAGUCUGCAGCACUGCAUGGACUUUGUCAUGAUGCCACCCCUUUCACAUUUUCUGAAAAGAACUCUGCUGUGGAAUACUUUGGCAAGAUGUUAAAGGCUGGGGGCUACAAUUACUACGGGACAGAAAGAAUGUACAGUGGUGUAUCAGGAGUAGAGCUUGAAGCUGACAUUUUUAUUGGUGUUGUCUACUACCAGCGCCUUAGGCACAUGGUCUCUGACAAGUUCCAGGUGAGGACCACAGGAGCCAGAGAUAAAGUCACCAACCAACCACUUGGAGGAAGGAAUGUUCAGGGUGGCAUCCGCUUUGGAGAGAUGGAACGGGAUGCUUUGUUGGCUCAUGGAACGUCCUUCUUGCUGCAUGAUCGCCUCUUCAACUGCUCCGAUCGUUCAGUGGCCCAUGUUUGUGUCCAGUGUGGCAGCCUGCUUUCUACUCUAUUAAAACCUCCGCCUGUGUGGUCCACCACACGUAUCAGGCAACAUAUUUGUACCCUUUGCAAUAGGAAUGACACCAUUGAAACUGUUGCAGUUCCUUACGUCUUCCGUUGUUUUGUGGCAGAAUUGGCUGCCAUUAAUGUCAAAGUGAAACUUGAUGUGAAUUAGUUCUGGCAGUAUAAACUAUGCUUAACUCUCAGAGAGUUAACAAGUAUGUUUCUCCUGUGGAGCCUUUUGAAAAGGGCUGUUAAUCCGUUAUGAAUAGUAAAAUUAAGAUAUAGUUUAUUAAACAACUCUUUAGAGACAAGGUGGAAUUCUGCUUAGCAGUGUCCAACUACAAAAAAUAGACUCCAGGGGCACAUGAUAUAAUUAAUGGAGUUACUAGAGCAGUUCUUGGGAUUUCAUGUGAAUGAUUGAAAGCUGACCUUUUAAAAGCACAUUUGCUUUGCCAGUUUGGAGAGUGAAAUAACUUCUCUUUCAUGCUGUAUGGGCUCUCAGUGAUGGUAAUUGAUGCUCACAACAGAAACACCAAAGGGACAAAUCAAAGGUCAUGAGAAGACAGUCUGAAGUCUGCAAUAGAGCAUGUGUCCUUUAUGCUUUAAAACAGUUGCUUAUUAUACAGAAAAUGACUUUGGGUUACAACUCCACAAGCAUCCCUGUACGGGCAGAAAUUUUCCUCCCUUUUGUCCCCUGCCACACAACUGAGGAGUGCAGCCAUUGUCUGGAUGGAAAGAAUUUGCUUUGUGUUGAUGUUCUGAACACAUGACAGAUACCAAAGAAUCUCGUCAUGCUUUUUCCUUACAUUCUGAGGUCACUUCACUUUUUAUUCAUUUCAGGCAAACAUACCAUUCCUGAGCUUGUGGGGCAGGAUAGUUGCACCUCCAACCUCACAUCAGAUAGUGACUCCUUAUUUUCAUCCAGGUAACUUCUGUGGAAGAACUUACCAGGAGGCCCAUCCACUAUUGCUCCAUUACAACACAUGUGCAGAAAUUAAAUUUUGAUUGCCGUUUGUUUUAUUUCCUGUUAAACUACCCGGUUUGUGAGUUUUUUGCUUUCAUAAGAUUUGACAUUAAACUUGCUGCUUUUGAAAAUAUUGCUGAAAUGUUGCUGCAUCUUGGCUGUGACUCCCCACAGGAAAAAAAAAGUUUAUUUUAAUAAAAUCCCAAAUUACACAUAA